UCUGUGGAUUUACUUACGUAGCGGUAACUAAUUAAUUUCCACUACAAUUACAAGAAAUCUAGGAAAAUGUUUACAUUUUCAGCUUUUAUAUCGAUAGUACUUCUAUCUGCAUACACAGUUUCAGCAGAGUUCACAUCUGAAGACUGUGCUUCUCUUGGAUUUAUUAAAGCCAAUUUACUGUGCUCAUCCUGUGAUCAACUAAAGGAUUUUAGCUUGGAUGACUUGGUAGUCCACUGCAAGGAAUGCUGCCAUAAUGACGAUAAUGCUCCGAAAGAGAAAAAGUAUGCCCGUGCCAUUCUAGAAGUGUGUACUUGCAAGUUUCCUGCCUAUCCCCAGAUUCAGGCGUUUGUGAAAAGUGACAGACCCGCUAAGUUCCCUAACCUUCAAAUUAAGUACGUACGUGGUCUAGACCCUAUCAUAAAACUUCUGGAUAAGGAUGGUAUCGUUAAAGAUACAGUGGCAAUUGAAAAAUGGAAUACUGAUUCCGUUGAGGAAUUUUUAAACACUCAUCUUGUCAAGGAAGAAGAAGAUGAUCGUCACUACUUAAAAACUAACCAAAUUUAAUAAGAGAAGAAUAUAUUUUAAGUGUAAAUAAGAA